ACUUCCUGCUCGUUGACACCAGGUCGCACCGUAGCGACUCUCGCACCGUCCGCCGGUGUCGUGUCUCUCGCUAGCUUAGCGACAUUAUUUCCAGUGACUUGAGAGUGAGGUUAGCCAAAAAGAGCUGCGGGGAACCGUCGUGUCCGCUCACAUCCUGGUAUGGAAGAGCUGGGAGAGCAGUACUACAGAGAUGCCAUGGAGCAGUGUCACAACUACAACGCCCGGCUCUGUGCCGAGAGGAGCGUCCGAAUGCCGUUCCUCGACUCUCAGACCGGCGUCGCUCAGAGCAACUGCUACAUCUGGAUGGAGAAGAGACACAGGGGACCAGGCAUGGCCCCAGGGCAGCUCUACACCUACCCGUCCAGGAGGUGGAGGAAGAAGCGUCGAUCUCAUCCCCCAGAGGACCCACGACUUAUCUUCCCCCCUGUCAAGUCAGAGCUGGAUGUAGGUGUGAAGAAGGAUGCUCUUAUGUCGUCGGACGGCAGCAGCCUGGAGGCCCUGCUGAAGGGAGAUGCCUUGGAGAAGCGCACGACCGCAGAGCUGCGAGGGUCCGAAGAAGAUUCAAACACGAGCGACUACACCGGAGGCCUGAACCCUGCAGCUCGGAUCAGAAAGAGAAUCCUCGAGCCAGAUGACUUCCUGGACGACCUAGAUGAUGACGACUAUGAGGAAGACACGCCUAAAAGAAGAGGCAAAGGGAAAGGGAAGGGCCGAGGAGUGGGCAGCAGCAGGAAGAAGCUGGACACGGCAGCACUGGAGGACAGAGACAAGCCGUAUGCCUGUGACAACACUAUCAAACAAAAGCAUAUUUCAAAACCUUCUGAAAGAGUCUGUGGGAAGCGUUACAAGAACCGUCCUGGCCUGAGUUACCACUACGCCCACUCCCACCUGGCCGAGGAGGAGGGUGAGGAGAAGGAAGAGACGGAGAUCAGCGAGCCCGCUCCGCCGCCGCCCGACGAACCUAAAACUCCCAAGAAAGGACCUGACGGUCUCGCGUUGCCCAAUAAUUACUGUGAUUUCUGCCUGGGAGACUCCAAAAACAAUCACAAGACGGGUCAGUCAGAGGAGCUGGUGUCCUGCUCCGACUGUGGACGCUCAGGCCACCCAUCCUGCCUGCAGUUCACCCCUGUGAUGAUGGCCGCCGUGAAGACGUACCGCUGGCAGUGCAUCGAGUGCAAGUGCUGCAACAUCUGCGGCACCUCGGAGAACGACGAUCAGCUCCUGUUCUGUGAUGACUGUGACCGAGGCUAUCACAUGUACUGUCUCAACCCGCCCAUGUCCGAACCUCCAGAGGGGAGCUGGAGCUGUCAUCUAUGUCUGGCCCUGUUAAAAGACAAGGCCUCCAUAUACCAGAACCAGGACGCCCCGCCAUCGUGAUGGCCGUCCCCGCCCGCACGCUGCCACGUCACCCGACCGUCCCCCGCUGCCACGUGGUUGUACCCCUUCCAAGACAGAUGAUGAAAUCUGAGCUCUGACAGGCUGACCCCCCGAGGGAGGGGUUUCCAGACCCUGCGAUGAAUUGUAAAAAAAGGGAAGUAAACCGAACCAAACUGGCCUCACUUCGCUUCAGAUAUGACUGUUACACAGUUCAGAGCUCAGAUUUAGCCCCAGAGAUAUAUGCCACGUAGCCAAUUUGAGCAGUAGUGAAUUUCCAGACACGCAGCAUUAAAAGCCAAACUAGGACUUCCUGUUUCCGCCUUUUUACACAUCCACCUGUACCAAGUGGGUAAACCCUCGUCUCUGUCCUACAGCAUAGAGUUUAUGACUGGAGCAGAACUGGAGCUCGUUGGACUGAAGCAGCAUGCCAAUGCUGGCUCACUGUUCCAAAAAUAAGACAUUUUAUAGUAUUUAUAUAUUUCUAUGGUAUAUAAUAGUGUUAAGUAUGUACACAUUGGAAAAAGAAUGGUAAUGUAAUGGUCUUUAUAUAUUAGUGUCCAUCUCAUCAUAGUGGAAAAAUCCACAGCCAUUUAUUUUCUUUUAAUGGCGUUGCUGAUAUUAGAUGAUUAACUUUAGAGUCACAGGGAUAAGCUUAGACUGUAAAUGAUUUUCCAUCUCGUCCACUGGCCGGCCACGCACGCACGCGAGCGUGCGCUGCCCGCGCUGCCCGCGCUGCUCUCGCUGCUCUCGCUGCUCUGAGCCCGGGAGGCUGCACGAGGACGCAGUGGCACAGUUCAUACUCACACUUGACUUGAAAAACCAUCUGCAGUCACAUGCAUGUCUGGCCCCUUUGACAGAUGUGGUGGUAUUGUUAUGAUCAUGCAAAUUCUGGUAAAAUCUGAAAGAUGACACUUGCACUAUCAGCCAGGUAUCAGGAUUAAAAGCCUUCAUGUUCUGUGUUCUAGCAGUUCGCUAAUAAUACAAUGUCCAAUAUUUGCCGAUGUAGUAACGCCACCAGAUUAUUGUCACAUAGUCGAGGACUAUGCGACCUUGCAGAUGGCCACCUGCUGAAAGUGAGACUCGGUCUGUUUAAUCUCAGAUGGCAGAUCAUGUGCGAUAUUGUAAAUCUUCUUUCUCAGAAAUGAUUACAGAGAGAUCUAGCAGUUAUGGACGAUGUGUAUAUGUUUAGAUAGUCCUGAUAGAACAACAGCUGCUUUUUGUCACUGCUUUCAUAGUUUUAUCAUGCAACGGUUUCCUUCUGUAGCGAGGCUAAAAGGUCUGGCUGAGCUGCCAAAGCGGUAACUUUACCUCAGACAGAGACAGUAUUUGAAGGGUCGGAACACACCGUAGACAGACCGGACAAAGGCUCGAGGCAGGAAUAGUGAUGACGGCUGUGGCAUCUGCUUCAAUAACCGCGUAUUCUACAUUUAAACAAGUGCAUGCUCAGUACACAUCUGCGCGCUACGUUGUCGCCUAUGCGUUAGGUGGGCAAAGGUGUCGGGAAGUGGUGUAAUAUAAAAUUAACCGUGCUGUCAUGUCGUUUCAAUAGUCAACUAACAAUUACCGAAGCAUUACACAAGUAUAACUUGGCUUUUCUUUUCUCAUCACGUUUUUUAAACUUACCGUUGUAGAAACAGCGGCGGCUACUAGAAUAUUUUUGCUGGUUGUUUUUGUACUCAUCGAUGUUUGCGUACCUGAUGUGUGGGGACGUUCUGGGACUUGAGUGGAAGUACCUUCCUAGUAAAUCCUGUGAUCGGCCGAGCUGCUCUCUUCCAAACCUCUGAACAACAACAAGCAAAGCCCAUAAUGUGAAUAGGAGGCAAACUUUGGAGCUGCACGUCGAGCGCUGAAGUAACGAUGGACCAUGUAUGCAAUUUACAAGCCGCGCUCAGAAAUGUCAUAAACAAGAUAUAUAUAAUUAUUUUCUAAUGCCAUUGUAUAUUUUUCUUGUUCCCAACUUUGGAAGAGAAUUGUUCAACACAAAAAAAUGUUUUAGCCAAGAUCACAGGUUUACUCAGUCGGUGAAUUCUCUUUGGGUGGACUUUCAUUUGGAUUGUGAUGGAAUGUUAUUGUAUGGAAUUUGUCUUCAGGAAAAUAAAAUACUAAGCACUAUAA